CUAGGUGGCUGCUGCUCCGGCUUGGGGCAGGAUGGCUUCCCUGGGGUCCCAGAAGCUGGAGGAGAAGCUGGUGUGUUCCAUCUGCCUGGAGCUGUUCAGGGAAGCUGUGACCAUCCCGUGCGGGCACAAUUUCUGCCAGAAGUGCAUCAGCAACCACUGGGACAAGCAGGAAAAGGAGGAUCCCCAGGGAGAGGAGAGGUUUACCUGCCCCGACUGCAGGAAGGGCUUCAAGACACGGCUGGAGCUCAAGAAGAACGUGUCCCUCUGCAGCGUGGUGGAGCUGGUCAAGGCGGGUGAGGUGCAGGCCUCCAGCACUGACAUGAAAGCCCCGGCUGACAGGGGGAAGUGCCCGCGGCAUGGGCGGCCCCUGGAGCUGUAUUGCCAGGAGGAGAAGGUGUGCAUCUGCUGUGUGUGCACCGUGAAGGAGUGCCGGGACCACCACAGGGUCCUCUUUGAGGAGGAGCGCAAGAAGAAGCAGGCCCUUUUAGAAGAGUUCUUGGAGAAGACACAACAGGAGGCAGCAAAGAUCGAGGAGGAGAAGCAUAAACUGGAGGAAACAACAGAAGACAUUAAGGAAUCUUCAGAAAAGCUGAAAUCGGGGGUUUUGAACAAGUUUGCCCUGAUAAUUGAAGCCCUGGAGAAGCAGCGGAGGCAGGCAGUGGAGAGGAUCGAACAGGAGCAAGCCACUGCCCUGGGGCAAAUAGCGGAGAACUGGGCCCAGCUGGAACACCAGCAGGCCACCCUCAGCCAGCACCAGGAGAAGGCCCGGGCCCUGCUGGCCUGCACAGAUGGCAGGAUAUUCCUGGAGGACUUCUUGCAGCUCCCUUCUGAGACCCUGGAAGCUUUGCCAGCCAUCGAGUUUAAUGCUGCCAGCAAAGUGGAUCCCAUCUCUAAAAUCCUCACUGAGGUCUCUAGGCUGUUGUUGGAGGAUUUGCCCAAGUGCCUGAACCCAGAGGUCACUGGCCCAGAAACCAAAGAGCCAAUGGAGCCAAAGGUACCAACUGUGCUGAAGGCAGGACCACCCCUUCUUGAGUAUGAAUUAAGAGCAGGACUGCUGAAGGAUCACAGGGAUUUGACCUUUGACCCUGACACAGCCAACAGGCACCUGCAGCUGUCCAGUCACAACCAAAGAGCCAGUCACCCUCGUUCUCAUAAUGACCAGGGUCAGAAUCAGGCAAACAGGUUUGAGCUGUGGCAGGUGCUGUGCACCCAGGGCUAUGGCCAAGGCCACCACUACUGGGAAGUCGGGCUCUCCAGCCACUCCAUCGUUGUAGGGGUCACGUACAAGAGCAUCCAGAGGAAGAAGCAAGAUGGUGGCCACAAAUUCAACAUUGGAAAGGAUGGGUCUUCGUGGGGGCUGCAGAUCCGGGAAGAAUGCUACCUGGCAUGGCACAAUGGCCAGUCACUCAAGGUCAAAGAGCCCUUGUACAAGUGGAUUGGAGUCAGCUUGGACUGUGACAUCGGGUGUCUUUCAUUCUAUGGCAUUGGGGACAAAAUGAAGCUCCUUCACCGUUUCUACUGUGACUUCAGGGAGCCCCUCUACCCAGUCUUUUGGCUUUGCGAAGGCAGAACAGUCAUCCUUUACUUGCGGCCCCUCGACGCCUACUGCCGCGCCUGCCCCGCCUGCGUCUGCCCGCUCUGCCGCGCCCAGGACCACCGCGCCCACGACGUCGUGCCCCUCGAGCAGGAGCGCGACCUCAAGGAGGCCCAGCGACCAAAAAUCCUGAGCGAUGUAGAGAAUCAGCUGGAUGAGCUGGGAGUCGUCAUUGCACAGACUAGGAAGACUGUGGAACUCAUCAAGAGCACUGCCUUGAAGGAGAAGGACAUAGUUAGCAAGCUCUUUGCUGUGGCAACCAGAGCUCUGGAGACCUUCCAGAAAGAGGUGGCUACCUUCAUUGAGGAUGACGAGCAAUCCAUGUUGGCUGAGGCUGAAGAGUACCUCCGACAGAAGGAGGAGAGACGUGCCAAGCUAGCCCAAUGCAAGCAGAACCUGGAGCAAGUUUCCAGCACGGAUGCCCUUUGCUUCUUACAGGAGUUCCAGGCGUUAAAAAUAGCAGCCGAGGAAAAUAAUUCCCCAGGUCCGAGCUUCCAGAAGGAGCUGAGCUUCACUAAGUCCAGCCAGGUCGUGUGCGCCGUGAAGGAGCUGCUUGUGACGGCCUGCAAGAGCCAGUGGGACCAGCUGCUGGGGAAAGGGGCUGACGGGGCUGGUUUCCAUGACAUGCAAGAAGUAAUUGCUGAGCCCCAACUCUCAGAUAAACCGAGCAAUCCAGCCUGUUCAGAAACACGAGACUAUUUCCUGAAAUUUGCCUUCAUCAUUGAUUUGGACAGCGACACUGCAGACAAGUUCAUCCAGCUCUUUGGAACCAAAGGGGCCAAACGCGUGCUCAAUCCCAUUGCCUACCCUGAGAGCUCAACCAGAUUCAUCAACUGCGAGCAGGUGCUGGGCGAAAACAUGAUGAACCGGGGCAACUACUACUGGGAGGUGGAAAUCAUCGAUGGCUGGGUGAGCAUCGGGGUCAUUACCGAUGACUUCAAUUCGCGGGAGUCCUAUGACAGAGGUCGCCUCGGAAGGAACGAGAAGUCCUGCUGCCUACAGUGGAACGGACAGAACUACGUGGCCUGGUUCGGUGGCUUCGAAUCUGUCAUCCAGCAGCCAUUCUUCCACACCAUCGGGGUGUACCUAGAAUACUCCGAGAAGGCCCUGACGUUCUUCGGGGUCAAGGAUUCCAAGAUGACGUGUCUCCAGCAGCUCAAGGUCUCCCGCUUUAAGAAGGGCAUGUUUGACCCAUUCCAGAACAAGAUCAAUCACCAGUUCCCAUCCCUGUUCGCAUAUAACCUCAAACCAGCCUUUUUCCUUGAAAGCGUAGAUGCCCACCUGCAGCUUGGGCCGCUGAAGAGGGACUGUGUGUCGGUGCUAAAGCGGAGGUAACUUGCAGGGUGUUUGGCACAGAGGAGACCCAAAAUGCAUCUUUCUUGUGAUAGUUUGCUGUAGCUGUCAUUCGCACUUGAUAGCCUUCUCUAGCUGUGACAACUCCACCUCUCCAGCCUGUGCUUUUGGUCACCCAGGGAAUUAAGGAAUAGAAGAAGCUUCCUGGUAGGUAGAAGCCUGUGUGUGGGGUGGGGGGAGGUGUAAACUGGGCAUUUUUUAAGAUGGGGCAUCUUACCAGCUCCCCAUGUGUGGCCUGGAGGAGAUAAUCUUACUGACCACUUGUACCAUUGUUACUCUGCAGUGUGCCUUAUUGAGCAUGAUCAGGGAGGAUGAUUCAAAAUGGACUUUCUGGAGGAAAGCUGCCUAGAUGGCACAGUGUUAUGCAAACACAGUACUUUAUACAGCAGCACUAUAAUCUUCCCCAACACUGUUACCACUGUGCCUCGCUCAGCCUUAUCACAGAAGGCCCACAUCUGAGCAUAAGAGCAAGCAAACAAAUGUGAUCUCAUGAGACACGGCAGGAAGCCCCCAUUCCUACGCUGAUGAGGUCACAUCUAGAGGGCUCCAUUGUGUCCAAGCCAGAAAGAUAAAAUAUCAUCCCCUAGCGAGAAGAUGCUGCUGGUACCCUUGCCUGGAGAUACUAAAACAGCAACAGUGUUCAUAGAAGUGGUUUUGCCAUUUCAUUUUUAAUAGCGACAUUAUUAGGUGACCCUAGAAACGAUUUAUUUAGCUGACUGAAACUUUUAAACUCAUCUCUGCAGGAUUUUUAUUAUAUUUUAUGUUACAACUCUUCUUUGUUUGGAACUUUAGCACAUUAAAAUCUCAAGCUCCUAAAAGAAACCAAUCAUACCUUAAUGACAGUCGUACUCCCUGAGGUAGUUUAUACAGGGUUAAUAAACAAGUAAUCAUAGAAUCAGAGGGUAGGAAGGGAUCUCAGAGGUCACCUAGUCCAGCAUCCUGCACAGAUGCUUAUCCCUAAAUUAAUUGUCAAUGUGUGUCCAAAAAUGUAAGUAGUACAUGUUGCAUGGUUUCCGGUGCAUCAGGAGAAGGUGUUAAAGCUGUCAGCCAUGGCAAAAUGCAACCCAUUGACAUGUUUGCCUCUCACAACCUAUGACACUCUCAUUGUACUUGGCCUUGGUGAGGCCGCAGCUGGAGUACUGCAUCCAGUUUUGGGCUCCACAAUUCGAAAAAGGAUGUGGAGAAGCUUGAGAGGAGGCAGAGAAGAACCAUGCACAUGAUCAGAG